CCUAGCUCAGUUCAGGUCAGCUGAACAAAAACACUAGCUACCUGUCAUAUGACUCGUGUUUUCACAGUUCCAGCGCUUUUCCCUUGUAGAAUGCACAAACCUGCAGUCCGACAGCACUGAAACACGACUGAAGUGACAGUAACAUGGCUCACACCGGCACGUACUCUCAUCGUCUGCAGGUUUGGCUCUUAUUAGCAGUUGUCAGUCUCACAGUGGAGCAGGUGGAUGGAGUUUGGCCGCUGCCUCAGCAGAUCCUUCAGUCCGCGGACAGAUACAGUCUGAGUCCACAGCUCUUCUCCUUCACUUACGGAAAAGAUUCGGCUGCGCAGACUGGAUGCUCCGUCCUGGAUGCUGCUUUCAAAAGAUACUUCUCCAUCAUAUUCCCUGACUUUACAAAGGGAACAGACAGUGUGCUUCGUUACUUGUGGUCAGAGCCAAAACCCUUUGUGGUGUCGGUGAGCGUCAAAAGCAGAGAAUGUGACGGCUACCCUGACGAAGAUUCAGAUGAGAGCUAUAACCUGAGUGUGUCUGAUGGCCAGGCUGUUCUGAGAUCAGCGACUGUAUGGGGUUCUCUGAGAGGUCUGGAGUCCUUCAGUCAGCUUGUGUACCAGGAUGAUUAUGGCUCUUAUUUUCUCAACAAGACAGAGAUUGUAGACUUCCCACGUUUUGCAUUUAGAGGGCUUUUACUGGACACUUCAAGGCAUUAUUUACCCCUCCAUGCUAUUUUGAAGACCCUGGAUGCCAUGGCCUACAGUAAACUCAACGUCUUUCACUGGCACAUCGUGGAUGACCCUUCCUUCCCAUAUCAGAGCCGCACCUUUCCUGACCUCAGUAAUAAGGGAGCUUUUCAUCCGUUUACUCAUAUCUACACGCAGUCAGAUGUGAUGAGAGUGAUUGAACAUGCUAGAAUGAGGGGCAUCAGAGUCGUACCUGAGUUUGACUCGCCUGGACACACUCAGUCAUGGGGGAAAGGACAGCCAGACCUCUUGACACCUUGUUACAAGGGAGAUGUGCCCACUGGUUCAUUUGGACCUGUCGAUCCAACAGUAGACACCACUUAUAAGUUCAUGGAACGCCUUUUGAAAGAGGUGAAAUUUGUCUUUCCUGACUCAUAUGUUCACUUAGGAGGGGAUGAGGUCAGUUUUGCCUGCUGGCAGUCCAAUCCUAAUGUGCAAAAGUUUAUGGAAAAGAUGGGCUUUGGGAAGGAUUUUACCAAACUGGAAUCAUUCUAUAUGGAGAGUAUAAUGAACAUGACCGCCGCUCUCAACAAAACCUCUAUUGUUUGGCAAGACGUGUUUGACUACCAUGAGCGAAUUCCACAGGACACAGUUCUGGAGAUCUGGAAGGGUGAACAUUACCAGGCUGAACUGAGCAAAAUGACCAAGGCCGGGCACAGGGUUCUGCUCUCUGCCCCCUGGUACAUCAACCACAUCAGCUACGGCCAGGACUGGCGUAUUUCCUACGCAGUGCAACCCCAGAAUUUCUCCGGGACAGAAGAGGAAAAUAAGUUAUUUUUUAUUGAUUAAUUUUUUCUUUUUACCUUUAUUUUUAUUUCAGUUUUAGUAUUUUUAGUGCUUAAGCUUAAACUUUAUUUCAUCUUAUUUUCAGUUAGUUGCCAAGGCAGCAUUUUUUAUUUGCGUUUAAUUUUUUUUUAAGUUUUAAGUUUUACAAUUAAGUUGUACACUUUUAAAAAUACAAAUUUCAAAAGAGAGUUUUCACAGCGAUGCCAUAGAAGAACCAUUUUUGAUUCCCCAAAGAGCUUUUAAGUGAACACUUCCUGAAAGAACCAUUAUUUUCUUAGUGUGAAGAACAUUUUAAAGAACCUUUUUCCCACUAUAAGGAACCUUUUGUGGAAUGGAAACAUUCCAAGAGUUCUUCAUGAACUAUAGAUGCUAAUAAAGAACCUUUUUUUUUUUUUUAGAGUGUAUCUGAUUA